AUGGCCCUCCUACUCAUACAGGGAAUCCCCGAGCAGCUGCAUGUGCCGGAUCUGCGGGCUUUCUUCAAGCCAGCAGUUGAGGGCGACCUUUUCUCGUGCUUCCAUUUUCGGCGACGACAGGGCGCUACCCGUGCCACAGCGGCUGGCGGCUUGACCUGCUUGGCGCGUGCGGUCAGCCAGGAUGCCGCAGCCAAGAUCAUAUCCGGCUACCAUGGUGUACCUUGGAAGGAGGUGUUGGUGGAUGCAGCUGUUCCUCGUGCCUCUCGGUGCCUCAUCUCCCAAGCACCGGCCCAAAGCAAGCAGACGGAUGUCUGGGAGCUGCAUCCGCCGCCGGCCCUCCCCAAGGGAAAUGUUGGCACAAGCCGCUCCGCGAUUCUGUCCGAGAUACGUAGCUGCAGACUGCCAGCUUCAGUGGUGAAGAGGCUCGGGAUUGGCCCGUCGUGCCGUGUGCGAAGCACACGAGACUUUGCGGCUAUUCCUCCCCCACUGGCCUGGCAGGCGCAGGAGCCAUCUCAGCAACCCAAGGAGUCCCAACGCCCUGGCGUGCCUUCGAAGGCCUCCUUCGCCACGGCAAUCUUCGCACACCGGCAAGGUCGGCUUGGUGCGGAGCCCAGAAGGCCGCAGAGGCGGCAAGCGAGCGAGGCUCACGAGGCACAUGUCGUGUCCGCCCGCCAAGAGGACGCUCACAAGCCGGAGCCACCGAAACCGAGGCCUGGCGGAAAAGCCAAGAAGCUCCGCCCUCGCAUGAUGUGCGCCGUGCACGACGACGACAGCAGCAGUGGUGGCUCUCAGGACAUCGAAGGGCGUCACCUCCCACGGCCGCUAGACGGUGACGAUCAUUUCGAUGAGCCGAUAGAGAAGGCACCCCACUACGAGCGGAGUGACCGGCUUGACUCAGCAGCAGGAUACCUUUACGAGGACACAGUGGAGCACAUCUGGGACAAGCAAGAUGCAUCUGGUUUGGUGUGGUACACAGAUGCGGCCUACUGGGAUAGGUUGGCCGGGGAUCUGGAUGAGCGAUGUGCGGAUGGCUGGGAUGUCGAGAGUGAUCCGCGUGAAGUUUCGAGCGACGACGAGGAGGCGACCAUAGCGCCCGCUGUAGAGCAGGGUGCCGGGUUGGAGGCAGUGCAGCGUGGCGUCGCAGGAAAGAUCAUGCGGUCUUGGGGUGCCGACCCGUCAGUCAAAAGGCCCAGCAGCACGUUACUGGCUGUCGUCGAAGGUCUUCAGCCAAACAUGUCGCGUACUGGCUUAGGCUGGGCAGGCGAGAAGUCGCGCAGAAGACCUUCUCCUGGCCCUUGUGAAGACUGGCUGCGCAUAGGCUCCAUCUACGACCAGAAAGGUCGCCAAGAUCAUGACGGUCUCAAGUUCCGGAAAGACUCUGGUGGAAAGCCGCUGCCCGGGUUUUUCGCGGCAGCGACAGCUCUUGGAGAAGACCGCCGACGGCGCCUGACCUUCGUACCCGCACAGCAUGCUGAAAAGAGUUUCUGCCAUUUUCCGUCCGGUCCAGCUGUUGGGUACCACUCCCAGAGCCAUUGCUUGAUCCUGCUCGAGUCAGGGUCAAGGCAAUUCAUGUCAGCAGGUCUCAGUCAGAGGGAGUAG